AUGGCCGCUGAUUGGCAAGCAAAUCCCAAUGAAUGUGGGAGGGUUAACAAGAUGGGAACCAGUCUCCGUAUUGUAGGCGGAGAGCCAGCAGCAGAGAAUGCCUGGCCGUGGCAGGUAGCCAUGUUCGAACCGGGCGAGUUUAUCUGUGGAGGUUCUUUGAUUGACCCGUGGUGGGUCCUUACUGCUGCGCAUUGCGUCGAUCCUAAAUUUCUCUGUACGCCAGAAGUGUACAGUUUAAGAGUCGGCUCGGUCAACAAUACUGGUACUAUUAAUAAUGUAACGCAAGAACGGAACGCACAAAGAAUCAUCGUUCACCCCAACUAUGAUUUCGGAAAUAUAAAAAACUUCGACAAUGACCUCGCUUUGUUAAAAGUGGAAGUACCUUUCACCCUCGAUUAUAAAGUGAACACGGUUUGUCUUCCGACUGAAGACAUGGAUGAUUGGUUUAGCGAAGGAGACAAUGUAACAAUCACUGGAUGGGGAAAACGGAAAAGUGACGUGAUUGACUAUCCUGACACACUUUAUGAGGCAAUCGUUCCCAUCUAUAACUGGACAAAGUGCAACCAGUCCAAGCUUUUAAAAAUACUUGGCAACGUCACCGAGAAUAUGAUCUGUGCUGGCUAUGAUGAUGGUACUGCUGAUUCUUGUCAGGGCGACAGCGGUGGUCCCAUGGUAUAUCUCUCCGAUCAUUAUGAUUAUACAGACCAGUAUUUUCAGAUCGGUGUGGUGAGCUGGGGAUAUCGAAAAGUCACCGUCCUUAGUAAUAAUAACGGUCCUUACUGUUAUGCGAGGGGGCGUGGCAGCAUAGCUGAGGCUGAUCCUUGCGGCUGCGGGGCGGACUGUGGAGUAGGUCGCUUCAGGUUCUCGAAGGUGGAGAGGACCAGGUCCCGGGUCGGGCAUCCGUAA